UUUUACACAUUUGUUUUACGUAAAAAGCCGCACAGCUGGUUGAAAUACAUUCUCCCAAUUUUAGUAAUUUGCUAAUAUUUGUCAAUAAAAAUUCACAUUAAAACGAAUAAUGUCACGAAAUAUAUAUCGUUUGGUGAACAACUGCAGUAAAAAACUGCUUCAUCGAGCACAUGCUUGUCCAUCGAAGUUGACAGACUCACCGGCCAAUCAUAUACAGCGACGUUUUGCUGCCACAGAUCCUACCAAAGGCAAGGGUCCGAUUUCGUGGAAGAGCUUAGCUUUUAUUGGUGGGGCCGGUGCAAUCGGUCUAGGUUUUAUGUUGUAUGUAAAGAAGGAAAAAGAGGAGGCUAUAAUGCGCGAACGAAAAAGGCAAUUAGGAAAAGCGGCGAUUGGUGGCUCCUGGGAACUUACUGAUUCGGAGGGUAAGGUACGCAAGUCGGAAGACUUUCUAGGAAAGUGGCUGUUGAUUUAUUUUGGAUUUACUCAUUGUCCGGAUAUAUGCCCAGAUGAAUUGGAAAAAAUGGCAGCGGUGGUUGAUGCAAUAGAAAAGUCACCACAAACUCCAGAAAUUCAACCGAUUUUUAUUACUGUUGAUCCGGAACGUGAUACCAAAGAAAUUGUUGGCAAAUAUGUGAAAGAAUUUUCACCAAAGUUACUAGGUCUUACCGGUACUGUUGAUCAAAUUCGCAAGGUUUGCAAAGCAUUCCGUGUUUACUUUAGCGCUGGUCCACGCGACGUCGACAACGAUUAUAUUGUGGAUCACACUAUCAUCAUGUACCUAGUCAAUCCUGAUGGCGAGUUUGUGGACUAUUAUGGGCAAAAUCGCGAUAAGGAUCAAUGUAUAAGCUCGAUAUUAGUAAACAUCGCCAAAUGGAAUAAUUUGAACAAAAAAUCUUGGUUCGGUUAAGAUCAUGAACAAUUAUAGCAAGAUUUUUCUUCUGGCUUGUAUUAUUAAUUGAAAAUAUUUGAAUUAGUUUGCAUUUUUAUUUUUAAAUGCGCAAAAAUAGCGCAAUAAAUAUUUAAAAGUGAAUAUAUGUACAUAAAUAAA